GCGCAUGCACGGCGAUGCGCUGUGUCCCUCAUACACAGCGGAUCACCGAUCACGGAAAGAGCCGAAGAUGUCGGCUCGGUCAUGUGAUCAGCUGUGUCCAAUCACAGCUGAUCACAUGGGGCAUGUACACUGAUCAUCAGGGCACUGAUGAUCAGUGUGCCCUGAUGAUCAGUGUAGCCCCAGCAGUGCCAGCUGUCAGUGCCCAUCAGUGCCACAUAUCAGUGCCUACCAGUGCACAUCAAUGCCACAUAUCAGUGCCCAUCUGAGCUGCCUUUCAGUGCCACCUACCAAUGCCUAUCAGUGCUGCCAAUCAGUGCCACCUAUUAGUGCGAUGUAUCAGUGCUGCCUUUCAGUGCCCAUCAGUGAUGCCUGUCAAUGCCCAUCAGUGCCAACUAUCAGUGCCACCCAUCAGUG